GUGAUAAUCUACGUAAUUAAUGCAUAAACAAAGUUUGUACAUAUUUGAAAUAAUAGCAUUGAAAGUAAUAGUGAUUUGAAAAAAAGUUAAGGAGUGCCCUCAUUUGUUUGGCUCCGGUUGCCAUAGCGAUUCACGGAGUAGGCCAUGCCGCGUUGAAGAAGCUAUGAUAUGCAGUGAAACAUGCAAUUUUACAACCAUCAACUAUUUGAAAGUGCAUGAAUGGUGUUGAAAUGAAUCUCAAACGUGCAGCAUAAAUAGUUACAAGUCGAACAAACCUCUGAAGCCGCAGUGAGAGCAAAAGUGAAACAUGCAUCAUUUCCGGUUGAGUUGUUGAAUGCAGAUGAUCAGCUGAUUUGUGGAGGUAGGUGGCUAGACGCGAGUAAAGUGCGCAAAACGGCAGUGCAGCGAGGCGGCGGCGGAAAGGGAAAGCUGAGCGCGUGACGACGGUGGCGCUGGUUUUGGCGGCGAAUGCAUCGGUGAUCAUGGUGGCGGUGAAGGCGGCGGCGAUGGCGAGAAGUGAGAACGCGUGGCGCAAGACGGUUUGCGUUUUUGCAUUUCUCAUAUUACAUUUGUCCACAUGUACAGCAAGCAACGAAAUCCCCGAGUUUAUACCAAAUUCAACACCAGAAGUGGUCGAAUCAACCAUCCCAGACCACAUCGCAUCAAUAGAAAAUAUUUUAACAACAAACUCGAUCGACGCGGGUUUCACCGUGAUAGAUCCGACCGUGAGUUCAUUCCUGGAAGAACUCGCAUCUCUGGGAACCAGCACUGACCUGUUGACCGAGACCGAGUCCGACGCCAGUGAUGUCGUGGACGAUGCAACGACGGUUGACGUCACCGCCCCUCUGGUCCGUAAGAUUGCCUCAAUUGGUGAGGUCCAAGCGCAAUUGACUACAGUGGCCACCACGCAGCAGGGCAAAGAUGCAAAUUCGACAAUUUGUUCGAGAGCAAUCAAAAACGUCGUAGACUUGACCGGGGAAGCGAGCUAUACUCAAACAAAGUAUCAUCAACUGCAACCUGCGUACGGUUUGGACGGCCAUAAUAGUGUAGAUACAGAUGCAAAUCUGGACUUUGGCCAUAUCACUUAUUCACUCGAGGGAGACUACACAGUUUCGCUUAUCACGGACCAGGCCGAUUUCGGCGCUUGGCUGUUUGUUGUAGACCGAAUCAACGAGCUUCAAUUAAUUGAUAAUAACGGCACUCUCGGGUUAAGGAUCUUGUUUGUGCGGAAUUUGUCUCAGGCUCGUCAAAGUUUGGAAGAAGAAGUUGUCUAUCAGAAAGAUUGCUCAACAAAUUCAAUAGGAAUUUUCGUCACUCAAACAAUCUGGUCGAUAGUUCACCCGUUGGUGGAUUCACCGGGAAUCAACGUCCAUCCGUUACCGACGUCCAACGAUCUGCUGUAUGCUAAGGCUGCCCAUUUGCUGUACGAACUGCCUUGGUCAAACCCGAAUGCCUCCAUAGCGGUUCGAUCGGAAUCGUCCGAAAGUACCAACAAAUUUACCGAAAUCUGCCGUCACGAGCACCUUUGCUUGGAAAACUUUCCCAGUAAUGACACCAUCUUCAUCAUCCUCGGAAUGACCAAAUCAGUUAGCUUUGCCACCAACGGAACAUUGAUCGUCGUGCUGUCCGGAAAGGAUAUGCUGUUUGUUUCAGACCUUCCGGACAAAUCGUAUGUGAUCGCUGAAAAUGAUAUCAGCAUAUCCAGUUUGGAAAAUCUUCUGAACAUCUCAAGCGAACGCUACGGACAUAAGAUUCUCGCCAGUGAUCUGCUGCUCUCUGGUUCGGUAUUCCUGGAAGUGGUCGAGUUGCUGAAUCUACCCUCAGAAGACGGCUCCAGCCUGAAUGAAACGCUCAACAAUUGGAAUUAUUACGCGAGGAUGGCUUCGCAGAGAAUAAUUUCCGAACUGAAGUUGGACAACAUAACCCAGCUGAUGUCGUUCGAGCUGCGGCAAAAGUUUAACAGCAGCGAGGGAGUGCUGGAGUUAAAGCCGGUGGCCAGUUCUAAUAUGGUGACGAACGUGACUACGGUUUUCCAUCUGAAUGAUAACAAAGGUCGUCCGGAUGAGCCGCUGAAGCUGGGGAACAUUUUUUACUGCACGAAAGAGUUUGAGAUUCGUCAUCCGGACUUUAGCAAUCGACACCGGCCCAUCUACCUUGGGGAAGAUUACGUCGAGAUGUACUGGCAGGUCAAGCAGGAAGCUUGGGUAGCGGCCGGGCUGACGGUGUCCUCGCUUGGGAUUUUGUUCUGUUUGGCGAUACUCAUCUUUUUGAUUGUUCGUGUUUGCAUGGACGACGUCUUGGAAGGAAACCCGUUGAGCAGUAUUCUGCUGUUGAUUAGCUUGAUAUUUCAGUUUGGAUCGUUUCUUCCGUUCAGCUUGGAGUACACGGGUUACAUGCCGGACUUGAUGCACAGCGCCUCAACUAUGUACACGUGGAAUACGUUGUGUACGAUCAAGAUCUUUCUGGUUUCACUGGGCUAUUGCACAACCUUCUCGCUGUUACUCUGUCGAGCCAUCAUGCUGGCAUCUAUUGGAAGUGAGGGCGGAUUCCUGUCGCACGUCAACGGAUACCUGCAGAGCGUAAUUUGUGGUUUUAGCACGUUGGUUCAGCUUGGCCUGUCUACACAGCUUGUCAUCAUUUUGCACGCAAACUCCCACAACAUCUCGUGCAAUGAAAUUUACUUUGGAAACUGGUUCUGGGCGGUGAUCGCGUACGACGGAAUGCUGCUGGCAGCACUGGUUUUUCUUUCACCGUUUAUUUUCCGUUCGCAACGUAACUACCGGGAAGGUCUCCUCCUAGUGACGGGAUCGAUCCUCUGCCUGGUGAUUUGGACCACGUGGAUUCCGCUGUGUAUGUUCGGCUACGAGUGGAGAGAAGCUGCCAUUUCGCUGGGACUAGUGGCCACAGCGUUGGCCGUUCUCGUUGGAAUCAUGAUCCCGAGGUGCUUUUUGAUGGUGCGAAGCAUCGCUCGAUCCGACUUGGUCCAAGCGUUACCAUCCCUUACGUCGCUAGCCUUCGCUCAAGCAAACCAGUACAUCUCGGAGCAGAGUGUCUACGAGUGCGUCAACCCGGCGAUGCGCCACCAGCGAUCCUCCACCACGGAGUCCUUCAUGGAGCACGAGAUAGACGAUCCGUACCUGGCGACCAGCGAAAUCCCAACCUUACCGCUACGCGGUAAUCGUCGAAGUCAGCAGCCGCAGCAGCAGUUGGACGUGGGGAUCGCGAACGGAAACGGAACUACGGCUAGAAAUGGAUCGGCCAACUUUUACGGCAUCAGCAAUCCGUACAACAGCUGCACCGGCUCGAUCACUUCGGAACUUUCUCCCAACAAAAUUACCCGCUUUUAAGUGAUUUAACCUACGAGUUGUGACGCAGAUAUUCCAAAGAUUACUUGCUUAGUGACUUACACGUGCUAAUUUGGGUAACUAUCGAUCUAGUCAAGAAGUUUGGUGCGAACCAAGCGAAUGAUUUCUCAGUUUUUGUAUUAUUUAUUCUACUUUAUAAUUACGGCCGAAAAUUAUACUGACAUAAGUUUUAAAAUAUG